GUUUUCUCUGAACAGCUUGUCGAUUGUCAGUCACAACUUCAGAGACCAUCAGAAGCGGCUGAGUUUUAAGUUUUAAAAUAUUAAGCUAAAUGGUUAAAACUGAAACCACGAUCUUUGUAAUGUUGCACACAGGUGCUUAUUGUUACAUAAAGAAUGACGAGUGAUCAGAUUGCCGGAAUUUGGCUUACAUAAAUGAAAAAAUAAAGCUGAGAGCCAAGUGACUAUUUGGAUUUGGCCACAGUGCUCGUUACCUGGAUGGACUGAACUAAUGUAUGCUGAGGUGCUCCUUGGUGAGGGAUUAACUACACUUACACCCAGUGCAAUACUGUGUGUGGUACUGCCAUGAGGAAGACAACCUAGUCUCGAAUUUCCUGUCAUUCGGCCCAUUCCAUGUCUGAAAAUAGUGACCCCCAGCAUUACCUUUAUUCAACCCUGGACGGGCGGGAGCGGUCCCGUGAAAGAGUCGGCCUUCAGGCGCAGGAAGAAGAGGUCACCCCCUGCUCCGCCAUCAGCCAACUUCACCGUAUGGCUAACAGUUACAGUGAAGGUUGUGGCAGGAGGGAUGGGGUUGAAUUGGAACCAGAGCUGGGCUUGGCCUCAGAGGGUAGUGACAGCAGUCACGAGCACCCCGCAUCGCCAGGUUCUCCCCACGAUGAGAGAAAGCGGACUCACUUGCAUGAAGAUGUAGAGAUGGCAGGCUCCAGUGGGAGUGGGACAGAAUCCCACGGCAAUGAAUCACAUGGAAAUGAGUCUCACGGCAAUGAAUCUGUGGGCAGUUCAAAUGGAAAUGGGAAAGAUUCCGCUCUCCUGGAGUCAUCGGGAAGCAACAAGAGCUCAAAUUCUCACAGCCCUUCACCACCAAGCAGCUCCAAUGCCUUCAGUUUGGUGAGCUCUGAACAGGACAACCCAUCUACUAGUGGUUGCAGCAGCGAACAGUCGGCUAAAGCCAAGACACAGAAGGAGCUCUUCAAGACCCUUAAGGAGCUGAAAAAACAUUUACCAAUGGAAAAGAGGAGCAAGGGCAAGUCGACCACUGUCAACACACUCAAAUAUGCUCUGCGGUGUGUGAAGCAGGUGAAAGCCAAUGAGGAGUAUUACCAGAUGCUCAUGAUCAACGACAGCCAACCUCCUGGUUUUGAAGUGUCGUCCUACACAAUUGAGGAAAUCAACAGCAUCACUUCUGAAUACACCCUUAGAAACACUGAUAUAUUUGCUGUGGCCGUCUCACUAAUCACAGGGAAAAUAGUUUACAUCUCAGAUCAGGCUGCAACCAUUUUAAACUGCAAGCGUGAAGUGUUCCAUAAUGCCAAGUUUGUGGAAUUCUUGACACCUCAGGAUGUCAGUGUGUUCUAUAGCUUCACUACACCAUACCGCUUGCCCUCAUGGAGCAUGUGCACCGGAGCAGAGUCGUCUCCCACGGAGUGCAUGCAGGAGAAAUCCUUCUUUUGCCGCAUCAGUGGCGGAAAGGAACACUAUGGGGAUAUGCAGUACUAUCCCUUCCGCAUGACUCCUUACCUAAUGAAAGUUCAAGAUGCGGAAUUGUCUGAGGAGCAAUUCUGCUGCCUCCUACUGGCAGAGAGGGUACACUCUGGUUAUGAAGCACCAAGAAUCCCUCCUGACAAGCGCAUCUUCACCACUACGCACACACCUAACUGCGUUUUUCAGGAUGUGGAUGAAAGGGCUGUUCCACUGUUGGGUUACCUCCCCCAGGACUUGAUAGGGACACCUGUUCUACUCAAUCUGCACCCAAGCGACAGGCCAAUUAUGCUUGCCGUGCACCGCAAGAUUUUGAAGUAUGCUGGUCAGCCAUUCGACCACUCCUCGAUUCGCUUCUGUGCAAGAAAUGGGGAAUACAUUACAAUUGACACCAGCUGGUCCAGCUUUGUAAACCCCUGGAGCCGCAAAGUUUCCUUUGUCAUUGGGAGGCACAAAGUCCGCAUGGGUCCUAUGAAUGAAGAUGUGUUUGCAGCUUUGGCCUUUAAUGAAGGGAAGAUGAUGGACUCCGACAUUCAAGAAAUUAGUGAGCAGAUCCACAGGCUACUCCUACAACCGGUUCACAAUAUGGGAUCCAGUGGUUAUGGUAGCCAUGGCAGCAAUGGCUCCCAUGAACAACAGGUGAGCAAUGGCUCAUCCAGCGAAAGCAACGGGAAUGUGAUGGUGGGGAACACCGCUGAGGAGACGAGUAAAGCCAAGCCCACCAGAACAUUCCAGGAGAUUUGUAAGGGAGUUCACAUGCUGAAGAAUCAGGACUCACAGAUUUGCCUGCGCUCCCCUCCCCCAUCACCUGCCCCAUAUCCAUCCAAACCUGAAAAGAAAAACACAGAUGCAGUGUCUCAGAAGAGUCCAUUGGUACGUCUGAAAGACUCUGCACCAAGAGAUAGUACUGCAGCUAGCAUGGAUGAAUUCACCUUCAAAGACCAAACUGUCUGCUCUUACCAGCAGAUUAGCUGCCUUGACAGUGUUAUCCGUUAUCUGGAGAGUUGUAACAUCCCCAUAACUGUAAAGAGGAAAUACCAGUUUUCUUCAAACACCACCUCUUCCAACUCUGAUGAUGGCAAGAAAUGUACAGAGGACACUGUGCAAGCACCUGGCGGUUCAAACACAGAUUCUUUGUUGCUCGAGGGCCAGCCUGGAUUGUCAAACAUGAAAGUGCUCAAGAAGUCCGAGGCAGCAGUGGUUGGUGCGCCAAUGGGCCCCCUUCCCUUACCGAGCAAGGCAGAAAGUGUUGUGUCAAUCACAUCUCAGUGUAGCUAUAGCAGCACCAUUGUGCAUGUGGGAGACAAGAAACCUCAACCGGAGUCUGAAAUAAUCGAGGAUGUGGCUGAAAGCCCAGCCCCCCCUGCCCCACACGUUAGUCUGGUGUCUCCGGUGAGCCAGGAGAAAGAGGCCUAUAAGCGGCUGGGACUAACCAAACAGGUGCUGGCGGCUCACACGCAGAAGGAAGAGCAGGCCUUUCUCAAUCGCUGCCGAGAACUUUGUAAAGCCAGGACUUUCCAGAAGGACUAUUCCACGCAUUUGCACAGGCAAAAGGGGCCAGUCAAUCCUGGAGAACCAUCGGGAGUACAAGGUGCUGCUAAGCAGGGCACCACCAGGCCAGAGAUUACCGCCAAAAAGGGCAACCGCAAUAGAAAGUCCAAGAAGCCACGCAUGAAGCAUCCUGAUUCGUCAGACAGCGCUGUGUCAAACCGCAAACCCCGCCCCCCUCUCCAGGGUCUCAACCAAACGUCAUGGUCCCCGUCGGAGGCAUCCUUGUCAGCUUUUAAUGUGUCCUACCCGACAAUGGUGCCAGCAUACCAGCUCUACCCACCGGCACCUGCUGCGCCUGCACAGGUCACCCUUCCUGACCCUUCCCUUUCGACAGGUUUUGUAGAAGCCCAGAGCACCCAAGUCCCUCCCACUGCCACUCCUUUUCCCGCACCCAUCGUUACGCCUAUGGUGGCCUUGGUGCUACCAAAUUACCUCUACCCACAAAUGGGACCCCUGGGCCAAAUGGGACCUGCUCAGAGACCAGCGUUUUUCCUAGAGCAGACCCAGACGCAACCUCAGUUUAAUGCCCAGCAGCCCUUUCAACCUGCGCAGCCAGCGUACACCCUCCAAACACAACCUCCGUUCACCAGCCAACAGAUUUUCACUGUGCCUACUGCCUUUCAAUCCCAGCAGCCUUUCCAGGCUCGCCCUACGACCUACCCUGCCCAGCAGCCCUUCACUGCCCAGCCCACUUUUUCAGUCCAGACUCCGUUUGUCACGCAAGCCCCGUAUCCAGCGCAGCCCUUCCCAUAUGGCCUGAACACCCAACCUCCUAAAGCUCCAGGUUUGGAGCCAAGGGAGGGGGCAGCUUCACGCUCCUCAACCCCGGCAUCUGGUGCACGUGAGCGUACCACGUCACCGACACUGUUCGAGUCUCGGUGCAGCUCGCCUCUGCAGCUCAAUCUACUCAGCAUGGAAGAAGGCCAGCGCUCUGUGGAACGCCAGGAUAUUACAGCGGCCUCUGCUGGACCCCAGGUAGCCAGCGCAACACCAUGUUCAGUUACAGCUGGAGAUGCAGGGCAAAAGGCCAAGGCUGAAAAUCUUCAGGUUGAGUCACCAGAAGAAGGCGCACGCAGUGAUGGCCACUCAUCUUCCUGUGACCUCCUGGAUAUCCUCCUCCAAGAGCAGGAGGAUUCUCACUCUGGCACUGGUUCAGCAACAUCUGGCUCCAUGGGCUCCGGAUCAGGAUCGGGGUCUGGCUCAGGAUCAGGCUCUGGUUGCAAUGGAUGCGGCACAUCGGCUAGCGGCGCUUCAGGGAGCAGAACAGGGAGCAGCAACACAAGCAAAUACUUUGGCAGUAUUGAUUCUUUGGAACACGACCCCAAGACUAAAACCAGAGACAAAGCAAGAAGCGAAGGAGACUCUGACGGUGGCCAAUCACAGGCCAAUGUGUCAGGCAAAGGCGAGAGAGAGCAUUUUAUUAAAUAUGUUCUCCAGGAGCCCCUUUGGCUGCUGAUGGCCAACGCAGAUGACAAGGUCAUGAUGACCUAUCAAAUGCCAUGCAGGGACAUUCAGAAGAUUCUGCGGGAAGACAAGGAGCGACUAAGACAGAUGCAGAAGAGCCAGCCCCACUUCUCGUCAGACCAACGCAGGGAACUGCUGGAGGAACACCCGUGGAUGAGAAGAGGGGGUCUACCUGCUGCUAUCAAUGUGAAGGAGUGUCUGUACUGCAAGGAUGCCGCAGAGGACCACAUUGAGGAGAGCCUUCCUGAAAUGGACAUGGGGGAGAUAGAUGAGGAGUUGAACCAAGAGUGUGAAAACGCUCAGAGCCAGUCAGAGGAGCCGCAGCCCAAACUGGACUCUGGCUCAUGAAUGGUCGCCCACCAGCAGGGGGCGCGUAUUUGACCACUUAUGGACACUUUGAGCACAAUCAUGGUGACUACAAGACUAAAGAACCAUGUGCCUGGCCUCCUCAACAAGACUCUUAAACACAGAUGAACUGAAGCUGUGAGUGUUGUGUGGAUGCCGCGAGUGUGUUUUUGUGUCAACUCUGUGAGAACGUGAUGUAAAGUGAUCACACAGAGCCUUUAUUCUGUAUAGUUGUCUCAACACAAUCUCAGAUUUCAUAUAUAAUUUAAUGUACCCCCCCCCCCAACAAUUUUCUGAGAGAUGAUGUGAGCAGUCUAAAAUGUGCAGUUGUUGACACUAUUGUUGCGAGUACAUUUCCUUGGCUUACCUAUACUGUGUUAUCCAUCUUUUCUUCGUAAAGAAUACUGGGCCUAGCGACUUGUCACUUGAAAGAUGCUUGUCUAUUUAUAUAUUUUUAAAUCACUCUUCUUCUUGGACCACAGCAUAGUUCAGCAAACAGAUGAUUUGCGUACCACUCGACUCAUCAGCCUUCAGAAAUGCGCUCUGGCUCGUCUCAGCAGUGACAAUCUGAUAACACAGUACCUGAAUUGAACUUUUUUAUUUAUUUUAUAGUUGAUGUCAACUUGACCAGGGUUUCUAAAGCUACAGCCAAAUCUCUUCAAAUAAAGAUUGUAUAUACAUAUUAAAAUAUGAAAUACUGUUUAUAGUAUAUUUUAAAGUCCUGCACAGGAGCUCACUUUAGUGUGAGAUCGGGAACUGGAGUGUCAAGCCGGCACACGAGAAGUGGGCAGCAUUAUUGAUUAAACCAUUUAAAAAAAAAAAUUUUUGUGCUCACAACGCUGUUAUACAUUUUUAGUCCUUGUGUAGUCUUUGAAUACAAAAUAAUGUAGCUAAUCAGGGACCAUGGAAAAUAAUUAGUUGUAUAAUAUUUCUGUCAAAACAACAACGAAGCAACUCUUUGGUCCGUUUUUGGGGGGUACAAGGGUGGGAUACUUGGUGCAAUGGGACCAGCUCAGGUGCUUUGGCAAACUUUCUGCUUGGGUAAGGCUUCUGAAUGUAUCACAGGCUGGACCUCUUACUGCUAGUUUGUGUGUGUUCUAUUUUCAUCCAUUUUCAGUCAAGCCGAGUCAGCUUCUCUGAUGCCAUUUUAUUUGGAAGAAAAACUCUUACAUGUAAGCGUGGCUGAAGAUGGGGACAGUCCCAUCCUAUGUUACUUGUGUGCAUUCGGUCAUUGUGUGAGAAUUCCAUUGCAUGAUGGGCCUGUUGGACUGACACAAAUUUGCAGACAUACCUUAUAGCCCUGGCACAGUGGAUGGAGAGGAAUGAAACCACGAGCAAUGCGAACCCUCAUACUCAACGUCUCAUUUCUGCCCUAAAGCUCUUAGGUGUUUAAAGCAUUGAGAAUGUGAAUGUGUUUCUUUCGUCAGAAAUGCUGAAAACACAACAUGAAAAAUGUUCUACGCCUUAGUAUUUUCACAAAGAGGGUCGUCAAUAUCUAAUGAAUUCCACCCGGUGAGUUUUUUUUUUUUUUUUUAGUGACAUGAAAGGAAGCAGCCUGACCUGUAAAUCCAUAUACUGUACAUGCUAUUGGCACAUACAACUGUAUGUCCUUUACUAAUGAUUUGUUGCCAUUGUAUGACUCUGGUUAUAUUAAACUAUAGUGCAGUUUUGUGCAUUAUUGUAUGUAGGAAUUUGUGUUUGAAACACUGACAUAUUGUUGUAAUAAAAUUACAGGAACUAUUUAAA